CCCAGUUUUGAGGCCAAUGCACCUCCCAUCCUUCCUAUGGCACCCAAGAAGGAGAAAGGCCCGGCCGCUGGGAGCGCAAACUCUAAGGUUUGGGAACCCUCGCUCAUAGCUGCACAUUUGAACCAGAACGACUGGAAGGCCUCCAUCGCUUUUGUGGUCGGGAACCGGAUUGAGGAUGACCUUCUCAUUCAUGCCCUCAACCUGGCUGUCCAAGUCCCUCAGCGCAGACUCUUCAGUAUAGUGUCCUGGAAAGACAUCCUCCAGCAGAUCAAUGAUAUAUAUGCCAUUGUUGGAAGCCCUUCAGCUAAGAAAGGGAAAAAGCCCACGAGUGGCAAUUUGCCGUUGUAUCAUGAGGUGUUGCUGGCAGCGAGAGCAAUCAUGGAUAGUGGAGAGAAACUAACCUUACCACUGAUAGGGAAACUCUUGAAAUUUCAAAUUCUCCAGAUCAAAUUAAAGGACCAGCAGAGACGAGAAAGUGAAAAAAAGGUAACAGAAGAAAGACUGAAGUCAGAAAAAGACAAAGGAAAAGCAAAGUCUCCCAAGGAGAAGAAGGCCCCCAAUGCCAAGGCUGGGAAAGGAAAGGGGAAGGACCAGCCCGAGGCUGUUGCAGCAGUGAGGAAGACCACGCAGUUAAAGCGGAGGGGCGAGGAAGAUGACAUCAAAAGCUAUAUUGACGACGAGCCAGACGAUGGCGCCCAAUAUUACAUUAUUGUCACAGGAUUCAACAAUCCUCAGCUAUUAGCCAUUAUGACUGAGCUUGGCAUUCCUAUAACCAGUGUGAUUAAAAUAUCUUCUGAGAACUAUGAACCUCUGCAGGCACACCUGGCAUCAGUCAGACAGCAGCAGGAAGCUGUCCUCCAGCCAGAAGAUAUAGAGGCUGAAAAACUGAAGAGAGAAAAUACCGCUAAGCAACUUGAUAUUUUCUGGAAGUACUUGGAACCAAUCCUAAAUAACGAGAAACCUGAAACAAACCUCUUCGAUAUUGCCCGACUCCAGUACAUGGUCAAAGCAUCAUAUUUUCCUUCUGACUGGUCAGACAAUGAAAUGAUGCUUGAGUUGGGCACCGAGAUCUUUGAAAACGUUGCCUGUUUGAUGUACGACAGCCUGGACUGGAAGAGGCAGCAUCAGCACUACUUGGAAAGCAUGCAGCUCAUCAAUGUCCCACAAGUGGUUAGUGAGAAAACCAUGCUAGAAGCAAUACACACCCCGGAGCCUCCACUCCCUGGGAAGAAGAAAGCACAGUAUGAAGAGCCACAAGCUCCACCAGUGGCUUUUAUCAUCACAACUGAAGUAGACAUGAGAUACUACAAUGACCUGCUGAACCCAAUCCCAGAGGAAUUUGUUUCUGUGCCCCUGAUCCUGCACUGUAUGCUGGAACAGGUCGUAGCAACCGAAGAAGACCUCAUCCCACCGAGCAUGGUGGAGCCACGCUCCAGAGCAGAUGGGUUAGACUACAGGAUUGCAGCUCACAUUGUGUCCAUCCUGCCUUCACUCUGCCUCUCUGAGAAAGAAAAGAAGAAUCUCCAUGAAAUAUUCUCAACUGAAGGAGAAAGCGAAAGCAAAGCAGCGCCCAAAGGCCCUCUCCUCCUGAACUACCACGACGCGCAUGCCCACAAGAAGUACGCGCUGAAGGACCAAAAGAAUUUUGACCCAGUUCAAGUUGAGCAGGAGAUGCAGUCCAAGCUGCCUCUGUGGGAAUUCCUCCAGUUCCCCCUGCCCCCUCCAUGGAACAGCACCAAGCGGCUCGCCACCAUCCAUGAACUUAUGCAUUUCUGUACCAAUGAAGUGCUGAGCUGGAGCGAAGUGGAACGAGCCUUCAAGGUAUUUACCUUUGAGAGCCUGAAGCUCUCAGAGGUGGACGCGGCAGGACAGCUCAAGCCGGCCGAGGCGAUCAGCGAGACAGACAUCGAGAAUUUCAACAUUCCUUGGGACAACCCUGCCAGGUUCGCUAAGCAGAUAAGGCAGCGGUACCUCCACAGGCUGAACAUGCAGAAGGCCAAGCCAGUAGCAGUUAUUGGAAACCAAGACAGAAUACUAUUUGUGGACCAGAAUUUGUCCCAGGCUGAGCAAGACCCAGAGAGAUACGGAAAUUCCCCGUACUCUGACCAGCCUGCUUCUGUGAAACUUUCCACUUCUUACCACACGGAACAACCGGAUGCUGGCAAUAGACAGCUAUCAGAGAAGGAGACCAAUGGGUCCAUGUGGCCCCAGAUAGACUCCUUGGAGCAGACCACGGACAAUGAGAUCAAAGAUGAAGCAGCCACAAAGGACGAUUCUCUUGAAAAAAAACCCAAGAAAAUGGUGGUAGAAGCCGACCUAGACGACAUAAAGAAAACGCAGCAGCGCAGUUUAACAGACUGGAGCUUUACGGAACAUUUUCAGCCAAAAGUCCUACUUCAGGUUCUUCAGGAAGCUCAUCAGCAAUACCAGUGUGUCGACUCUUACUACCACACGCAGGACAACUCCUUGCUUCUGGUCUUCCACAACCCAAUGAACGGACAGCGUCUGCAUUGUGAAUACUGGGAUAUUGCUCUUCACUCCAAUGUCGGAUUCAGGAAUUAUUUAGAACUUGUUGCAAGAUCUAUUCAAGACUGGGUAACAGAGGAAGAGGCAAAGUAUCAGGAAGCCAAAAUGGCCGAGGAGAUCAACAGGACCAAGGCUGAGUUUGAAGUAAAACCUUCUACGGCCAAAAUCUCUUCUAGCAAAAUUGUUGCCCUCAAAAAAUCUAAAAGUAACAAAGCAAGCAGCAAAGCAGACAUACCAGAGCCAGAAAAAGAGAAAGAAAAAGAGAAAGAGAAAGAGAAGAUCUCCUUCAUAUUAGAAGGCUCUCUCAAGGCUUGGAAGGAAGAACAAGAGAGGUUAGCUGAGGAGGAACGCCUGAAGGAGGAAAGGAAAGCAGAGAAGAAGGGGAAAGAAGCCCCCAAAAAGAAAGGCAAGGAUAAGGCAGACAAAGAGGAGAGCAAGGCUUUGAAGAAAAAGUCUUCUUCCAAGGAGAAGCCUAAGGAAGAGCCAGUGAAGAUCCCGGAAACCAUAGAGGAAGCCAUCCCACUGACGGAACCCGAGAUAGUUUACCCGUUCCGAGGAUACAAUAUGGGAGAUGUACCAAUCCAAAUCUCAGGGACAAAUUACUAUUUGUAUCCUUCUGAUGGUGGGCAGAUUGAAGUAGAAAAGACCACGUUUGGACGAGGCUCAACCUUCGUCAAAGUGAAAGUGAAGAAAGAUAGACACAAUUUUAUAAUUCACCUGAAGGACCCAAAGGAAAUCAUGAAAAAGGAAAAGGAAGAGGAUCAGUUAGAAGAAGAGGAAGAGGAAGAGGAAGAAGGGGAAGAAAAGGUUAAACAAAAAGUGGAGAUGAAAGCAUCACAGAUACAGAAUGAAGUUGUCAGCAAGUUUGGAUCUUUCUCUGCCACCCUAGAAAAUGGAAUCUGCCUCGCGAUAAGUUACUAUGGAUCAAAUGGAAUGGCGCCAGAGGUUAGAGAUUCCUAUUUGGACACAAUGAUGAACAUUCCCUCAGCUCUGACUCCAACGGUGGUUCCCGCUAUAGUGACUGUUCCCCAAGGCAAGGGGAAAGUAAAAACGAAGGGCAAAGAAAAACACAAAGACUCCCUUAAAGAGGAGGAGCAUCCAAAAGAAGAGGAGAAGAAGACUUAUGUACUGGAAGAAGUAGAGCCAGAGAUUGUUAUACAGGAAACUCCUUAUAUUCCCACCUUCCAAAACCUAAAUGUAUCUUGCCCCAAUGGGCUCCUCCUGACCUUCAUUGGGAAAGAAUCUGCAGAGCAUCCUGUUGCAGAUGCAGAUCCCACCUGGGACCUCAUGAUCCGUCAGAGCUACCCCCAGAGGGUGAAGCACUAUGAAUUUUAUAAAUCUGUGAUGCCACCCAUGGAGCAGGAGGCAUCAAGAGUGAUCACCAGCCAGGGCACUGUCAUCAAGUACAUGCUGGAUGGAUCCACACAGAUUCUCUUUGCAGAUGGUGCUAUGAGCAGCAGUCCGGAUUCAGGUCCUGUUUACGCAUCUCCUGAGAUGUCUGCAAGCCCCAAUAAUGGAGAGUUGGGGUACUCAGUUUCUCAGCCCAAAUCAGAAACAGCACCAGCUGAGAUCACCAUUACAAAGAAAGGAAAAGGUCACAAAAACCAAACAUCAAUGGCACAUAAGAAUGAAGUCCACGAUGCUCUCCCUGAGGUGGUUCAAACAAUAACUCCUAUGGACUCCCACACUGGCACCUGGUUUACAACAACACCUGAUGGAAAUAGGAUUGGCACCAAAGGACUACAGAAAAUCCCAGGCUUGAGUCCGUUUUUGUCCUUCCAAGCUACGGAUCCCAUCAAUGGAACGGUAAUGACUACUCGAGAAGAUAAGGUGAUCAUUGUUGAGAAGAAAGAUGGAACCCGGAUCGUGGAUCAUGCAGAUGGUACCAGAAUCACAACCUUUUAUCAAGUUUAUGAAGAUAAUAUUAUUCCUUCAGAUGAUGAUGAAACAACCGAAGGCCCACGGACUGUCACCAGACAGGUGAAGUGCAUGCGGAUAGAAAGCUCACACUAUGCAACAGUUAUCACCAACUGUGAGGACAGUAGCUGCUGCGCCACCUUUGGAGAUGGGACGUCUAUUAUCGCAAAGCCACAGGGAUCUUACCAGGUCUUACCUCCAAAUACUGGCUGCCUUUAUAUUGAUAGAGACUGUUCCGCUACAUACUGCCAUGAAUCGAGCAGUAAUAUCUACCACCCCUUUCAGAAGCGUGAGCAGCUGAGAGCCAGCAGAUACAUCAUGAAGCACACCUCACAGGUGAUCUGUGAGGUCCUGGAUCCCGAGGGAAACACCUUUCAGGUCAUGGCUGAUGGCUCUGUAUCAACAAUGUUACCUAAAAAGAAAUUGGAAGAUGACUUCAAUGUAGAGACCGAGGGAUAUGAAAGCUUGUCCUCCCUUCAUCUUGAAAAGAAUCACAUGCAAAUCUAUGGUGAACAUGUCCCCAGAUUUUUUGUCAUCUAUGCCGACGGAUCAGGGGUAGAGCUUCUCCGAGACAGUGACAUAGAGGAAUACUUAUCCUUGGCUUAUGGAGAGUCGACGACUGUUGUGCUCCAGGAACCAGUACAGGAACAGCCAGGGGCCCUGAGCAUCACGGUCCUUCGCCCUUUCCAUGAAGAAUCGCCAUGGCUAAUGAAGAAGGAGUUAGACACCAUCGUCCCUCCGAACCUCCAGUCAAGGUCCUGGGAGAGCUUUCCUUCAGUCGAGAAAAAGACCCCGGGACCUCCAUUCGGCACUCAGAUUUGGAAAGGCCUCUAUAUCGGGUCUAAGCAGCUGACAAACAUCCCAGCCCCUAUUCUCAAGGGCCCCAGUGUGCUGCAGAUGCGCCAGUUCAUCCAACAUGCGGUCAUAAAGAAGGAGGUGAAGCUGAAACUACAGAUCUCCCUUAAGGAUUACAUAAACCACAUUCUUAAGAAAGAAGACGAGCUACAGGAAAUGACAGUCAAGGAUUCCAGAACAGAGGAGGAAAGGGGCAACGCUGCAGAUCUCCUCAAGCUGGUGAUGUCUUUUCCUAAAAUGGAGGAAACUACGAAAAGUCAUGUUACUAAAGUUGCAGCCCACCUAACGGAUUUAUUUAAGCAAUCCAUGGCUUCUGCUCCAAAAUGUUCACCGGAAACAUUCACUAAAGAUUUCUUUGAAAAACAAUGGAGGAAAACGUCACCAGGAAAGAACUGGAAAGAAAAACUUGAGCAACAGAGGGAAACUAUUGAGCAAACACAAAAUUACCUAAACCAUAUAAAGACAAAAGAAGUGACACCUUAUUUCAUGUCUGAAUUGAACCCACUAUUUAAGUCACAGUUCAAUUAUCUGGAGAAGCUUUCCAAGAACCUGCCUCCUUUUACAAAGAAAGAUGACGCCUCAACCGAAGCAGCUGUUUCAGAUCUUCAUUCAGAUUCUACACUGACUUCAGUUAAAGAACAAGAAGCCUCAACUACACCUCCUCCCCUUCCAAAACAGGAGCUUGCUGAAAAUAUCAAGGAAUCUCCUGGCCAAAACAGAACUGAACAUACAGCCAAAUCUCCCAAAAAGUCUUCUAAGCAAAACCAUAUUGAAAUUGUAACAAAACCUACCAAGGAGUCUAAUAGUCAAAAUCAAACUGAAACUGUAACCAAACCUACCAAGGAAUUUGCUGGCCAGAGCCAAAUAGAAAAAUCUAAAAAAUCUACCAAGAAGUCUGUUAGCCACAACCAAGUUGAAAAUUUGCUAAAAUCUACCAAGGGGUCAGCUAGCCCAAUUGAAAAUGCUACCAGACCUCCUACCGAAGAACCAGACAUCUUUAUGCCGAUCAAAAUUCCAACCCAGUCACUGCUGCAGGAUGUUACCGGACAAGCAAGAAAAGAGAAAGUGAGGUUGCCUCACUACUUGAUGAGCUCCAAGCCCAAGUCUCAACCUCUUGCCAAGGUGGAAGAGCCUGUUGGGGGGAAAGUGAACACGUCUUCUGUCGCAUCUGCUGCUAUGUACAGCACGAACGCACCCCCUUUUGGGUUCCACCUCCUCCCACCGGUAGUGAAGUUUGGCGUGCUUAAAGAAGGACAAACCUAUGCGACCGUCGUGAAGCUCAAGAACGUUGGCGUGGACUUCUGCAGGUUUAGAGUGAAGCAGCCCCCACCCAGCACUGGAUUGAAAGUGAUAUAUAAACCUGGGCCGGUAGCUGCUGGUUUGCACGCAGAGCUAAAAGUAGAGCUCUUUGCCAUGGCUGUUGGAGAAGAUGGUGCGAAAGGCUUAGCACACAUCUCCCACAAUAUUGAAAUCAUGACGGAGCAUGACAUCAUGUUCUUACCUGUGGAAGCAACAGUUUUAACAAGCAGUACUUAUGACAAUCGACCAAAAGAUUUUCCCCAGGGAAAAGAAAAUCCCACGGUGUACAAGACAUCCACAGUCUCCUCCUCUGCACUUGGGGUUUUCGUGUCUCGCAAGGCCCCUCGUCAUUAGGAUCAGUAAGUAGCAAACGCCAUCUUGUCAACCACUCACAUCUGGGGUCUCAGACCUCAGCAUUUCCCUGAUU